GCCGCUGCCGGAGCCGCAGCGUUUCCCGUCGCAUCUCCGAGCCACCCCCUCCCUUUCCCUCCCUCCUUCCCUCCCAUCCCCCUUCUCUUCAAGCGUGAGACUCGUGAUCCUUCCGCCGCUUCCCUUCUUCAUUGACUCGGAAAAAAAUCCCCGAGGAAGAUAUAAUAUUUAAAGUACUUAUUUUCAAUCAAGUAUUUGUCCCUGUUUUAUGUGAUAUAUUUUUUUAGUUCCUCCCCUUUCCUCCAUUCCCAAGAAAAGGAGGGGAAAGAAUUGCUAUUUUUUUUUCUUAACCCCCAAAUCAUCUAUGUGUUAAAUAUCCGUACCGAUCUGUCUAGAAGGAGAAAUACAUUGCUCGUUUUUUUCCUUUUUUUUUUUUUAAAUCGCUAUACAAAAGGAGUGAAAAGCCAAGAAGACGAAGUCUUUUUCUUUUUCUUUGUGGGAGAACUUAAUGCUGCAUUUAUCAUUAACCUAACACCCCAACAUAAAACAAAAGGAAGAAAACGAGGAAGGAAGGAAAAGGUGAUUCGGGAAGAGAGUGAUCAUGUCAGGGCGGCCCAGAACCACCUCCUUUGCGGAGAGCUGCAAGCCAGUGCAGCAGCCUUCAGCGUUUGGCAGCAUGAAAGUUAGCAGAGACAAGGAUGGCAGCAAGGUGACCACAGUGGUGGCAACUCCUGGGCAGGGUCCAGACAGGCCACAAGAAGUCAGCUAUACAGACACUAAAGUGAUUGGAAAUGGGUCGUUUGGUGUGGUUUAUCAAGCCAAACUUUGUGAUUCAGGAGAACUGGUUGCCAUCAAGAAAGUAUUACAGGACAAGAGAUUUAAGAACCGAGAGCUGCAGAUCAUGAGAAAGCUAGAUCACUGUAACAUAGUCCGAUUGCGUUAUUUCUUCUACUCAAGUGGUGAGAAGAAAGAUGAAGUCUAUCUUAAUCUGGUGCUGGACUAUGUUCCGGAAACAGUAUACAGAGUUGCCAGACACUACAGUCGAGCCAAACAGACGCUCCCUGUGAUCUAUGUCAAGUUGUAUAUGUAUCAGCUGUUUCGAAGUUUAGCCUAUAUCCAUUCCUUUGGAAUCUGCCAUCGGGAUAUUAAACCACAGAACCUCUUGUUGGAUCCUGAUACAGCUGUCUUAAAACUCUGUGACUUUGGAAGUGCAAAGCAGCUGGUCCGAGGAGAACCCAACGUUUCGUAUAUCUGUUCUCGGUACUAUAGGGCGCCAGAGUUGAUCUUUGGAGCCACUGAUUAUACCUCUAGUAUAGACGUAUGGUCUGCAGGAUGUGUAUUGGCUGAGCUAUUACUAGGACAACCAAUAUUUCCAGGGGACAGUGGUGUGGAUCAAUUGGUGGAAAUAAUCAAGGUCCUGGGAACACCAACAAGGGAGCAAAUUAGAGAAAUGAACCCAAACUACACAGAAUUCAAAUUCCCACAAAUUAAGGCACAUCCUUGGACUAAGGAUUCGUCAGGAACAGGACAUUUCACCUCAGGAGUGCGGGUCUUCCGACCUCGAACUCCACCAGAGGCAAUUGCACUGUGUAGCCGUCUGCUGGAAUAUACACCAACUGCCCGAUUGACGCCACUGGAAGCUUGUGCGCAUUCAUUUUUUGAUGAAUUACGGGACCCAAAUGUCAAACUACCAAAUGGGCGAGAUACACCUGCACUCUUCAACUUCACCACUCAAGAACUGUCAAGUAAUCCACCUCUGGCUACCAUCCUUAUUCCUCCUCAUGCUCGGAUUCAAGCAGCUGCUUCCACCCCUACAAAUGCCACAGCAGCCUCAGGGUGUUACAGCAUCGCUCAUGCUCUCUCUGGGGAUUUUGGAUUGCAGAUGCUAAUGCUGGAGAUCGUGGGCAGACCAACAAUGCCGCUUCUGCAUCAGCUUCCAAUUCCACCUGAAAAGCCCCGAGCAGCCAGCUGCACAGGAGAAACCACCGGUUACUUGAGUGUCGCUCAGCAACACUGGUCACGUUUGGAAAGAAAAUUAAAAAGAGAAAAAAGAAACAAAACCUGUUCAUUUUAGUGUUCAAUUUUUUUAUUAUUGUUGUUGUUCUUAUUUAACCUUGUAAAAUAUCUAUAAAUACAAACCAAUUUCAUUGUAUUCUCACUUCGAGGGAGACCCAGGGGGUGGGAGGGGUUGUGGGGAGGGGGAAAGCGGAGCACUAAAACACACAAUCUCUCUCCCACGACAAUCUUUUUUUAUCAAAAGUCUGCUGUUGUAUACUUAAAAACAGGAUUCCUGCCUCAUGCCCCUUCCACAAAAGAAGAAAACCUUGUUCUGUGCUGAAGUUUUAAUUUGAACUUUGUUUUCUUUUAAAGUCUAGUGUCAGACUUUGAUAUAAUGCACAGCUUGAAAUUGGUUGGGAGCUUAGCAGGUAUAACUCAAUGGGGACUUAAAUGUCACUUGUAAAAUUAAUCCAUAUCCUUGGGUAUUUGAAGACUUGCCUUUGGCAUGUUGGUGGCAGAUGUGGCAGACCAAAAAAAAGAAGUGUAUCACCCGUAACCCAGAGAAGUCAGUAAAGUCUGGGAACUGUAAGAGGAAGAUUCUUAAUUGACAUGUUAAGGUUUCAUUAGGUCUUGCUCUUAAAUCAGUGCUAGUGGCAAAGGAGCCCGUGUGGGAGGCUGCCAGGAGGAGCAGCAGGCAGAGCUGCGGCAUGUGCACCACGGUAGAUCUGUGUUUGCCUGACCAAAAGUUCUCUGCAAAUCUUAGUACAAUUUAAGGUAGCGACCUAGGAGGAGACUGCGAAGUGUUGAGCAGGACACUCUGGCUGUGAAGGUCGAAGGCCAGAGAGCCGAGAGGAAGGGGACAGGCCGGGGGCACAUCUGACCACUGUGAAUGAAUUUGUCCAGCAGUUUUUUCUAAAAUCGCUUCCCUUGGAAAGAUACACUUGAGAGGACAUUAUAGUUAAAUAAUGUGAACUGUAGCCGUCUACUGGUUUGUUUUUUAUGUUUUGUAAUUGAAAAUUGAGCUUGUAGAAAUUGCCACAUUCUUACAUGUAGUUCUGAUUUUAAAUCCAAAUCUAGAAUCUGUAUUUAAUUUCAGCUUUUUAAAAAUUCAUGCUUUUUACAUUUAUUUAUUGAUGCAUGUCAGAUAAACCAUUAUGAUUUUAGAUGGCAGGAAUAUUAAAAACUACACAUCGAUAUAAACAGCCACUUGUACCUGCUGACUUUUUAGGAAAGCCGAUUAUAUAAAUGUGUGUAUAUAUGUCAUAUAUACAUAUAUUCAAUACUGCCUUUUUUCUUUCUUCCUUUUUUUUUUUGGCCUAGAGUAUCAAAAUUGACUGGUUGAAGCAUGAGAAGAAUGUUCCCCCUACAUCCAGUUAAGAGUUCUCGUUUCUGUUUUCUUUGUGUAUCAGUGAAUGGUGUAAGACUCAGUCUCUGUUCUGAAGAAAAAGCAAUAUUCCUUGGAAAACAAGGAGGAUUGAAGGGUUAUGUUUGGAGUGAGGAAAUAGAUUCUUACAACUAGUUUGUUUUAUACUGUAAGGUUGGUAUCUGUGUGGGCCUUAUAUACUCUAAAAUGAAACUUAGUCACCUUGGUGCUUAUGGGCCAUUACUUGACCUAUGAAUCUUUAAGGCACAAUCAGUUGUACUUUACAUUUAAAGAUCACGUGAGUGAUGGCCGCCUUUCCCUCCUAUCCGCUCCUUGUCCACACACCAUCUAAGGUUAGCUGAUAACGUGUAGGGCGGCAGAGCUGAGCCCUAGGUUGUGUGCAGCCUCCCUUCAUUCUCCUCAUUGCCACCUUGGGCCAUGGUAGGGGUCUCGCCCUCCUGGUGGUUUGGAAGUGGAGUCUCUCGGCAGCCCUCACACAGGCCCCUAGUACCUUGUUCUGCUUCUCAACUGUGUGCGAGGCUCUCCGCGUCGCACUGCCUGCUGAAGUGAACCAGUACCCAGAAAGACGACCGUGAGCCAUCUUCGUUUUCAUUCACUGUUCAACUAAGCGCUUAGGCUACAAAAGGGGUUUCUCCAACCUCUGGUUAUAGCAGAGUUCAUGAGAAAGGAAGCGUGCUCAGUCAAACCAAAUCAAACCAAUUGGGUUUUGCAUUUUGAGAGAUGAUGAAGAUUCGAAAGAAAUCUGAAAUCAAAGUAUUUGGCAGCAUAAUUCCUUAAAGGGAAUGGCUUUAAUAGACCAUUUUCAGGAAGGAUUUAUGAAGAAUCUGAACAGGCAGGUCUAUGACAGAGCCGUGGACCUACUUUCAGAUCAGACUGCCCAGCCAAACAUUUAGAUACAGACACUGCUCUGGACUUGGUAUACUUGCUAGAGUCCAUAAAAAUCAGUGCUUGUUUUAGGAAACGACCCCCCCCCAGGAAAAAAAGGGGUAAGAAAAGAAGAAAAGUUAGAUGCUUUUCUUUCAUUUCAGUGUGUGUGUGCGUGUGUGUGUGUGCGCGUGUGUGUGCACGCGUGCAUGUGUGCGUGUGUAGGCUGAGGUGCAUGAUUUUUCUUUCUCAAAGAUCAUGGCAGGAUCACAGAACUCUUUUAUACAAGUGAGAUCCAGGUCUCUGAAUAUCUUUUUGUAAAUAAUAAUAAUAAUAAUAAAAAGCUCCUCACCAAAUUCAAGCCUGUACAUUAUAUUUUCUUUCAAUGUUUUUAAAUUUAAGUUUUAUUGUUUUGUAUGUAAAUAUGUGGACCCAGGAACUGUUAUUAAUGAGCAAAAAGUUACUGUUCAGGGCAGUGAUUCUGUUUAAUAUAAUCAGACAAAAUGUAGACGAGCUUUUUAAAGCCAUAUAGUUUUAACUCUGUACAGUAGGUACCGGCCUGUAUUAUUGUAACAAUAACUCUAGCAAUGUAUAGUGUAUCUAUAUAGUUUGGAGUGCCUUCGCUUCCAUGUGUUCGGUUUUUUGUUUGUUUUCAUUUUUUCAGUUUGAAUUGGUUUCCUUUAUCCAUGUCUCCCUGUCCAUCUCCUUUCCUUUCGAAAUAACAACUUACUCAUAACGAUAUCUUUGUCCCUUCCACAGUUAAGUUUCAAUGAUACCAUGCUCAGGAGUGGGAAGAGGAAACCAUGCCCAUAAUCUCAUUUCAUUCGAGCCCUGCCUUUGUUUUACUUCUGAACAUGUGUCUCCUCCUCAGUAGCAGUGACGGGUUUCAUUUCAUGCUUAGUCCCUUCAGGGACUUAGUGUAGCACCCAGGAGCCCUAGAGCUGGAGGAAAUCAAAUAGAUUAGAUUUUGCUCGUCUCUUCCACAAGCCCUAACCAUGGGUCUUACAGCAGAUUCGGGGAGCCUUCCAUGUUCUCUCUCUCCUUACCUACUUCCCUCCCAGAUGAGAGAGAGAAUUGGUUUUUUAUAAAUCGAAGUUUCUAGUAGUAUCGGGUUUUGAUACGUCAGUGGUCUAAAAUGCUGUAGUGCAAUUACUAGCAGUUACUGCACGGGUGCUGCCGUGCUGAUAGAGGGCUGUUGUUUUAACAAGGGAACUCUUAGCCCAUUCCCUCCCUCCUGCCAUCGCUAUCUACCCCUGUUCAAUGAAAUGUCAUUUCAUGUUUUUAAACCAGUUCAGUUCUUACUGUGUGCCCAACAUGAAGGCUUUUUGUGAAUGAAAAAAAAAAAAGUAUUUGUUUUGCCUCCAACUACUCCAUCUAAGAUGUCUUGAAUAGAAGGAAAAACAAACUACCAAACCAAAGGUUGCUAUUUUUGAAACAUCAUUUGUUCAUUCCAGCGAGGCAGAAGACUGCACCUUUUUUUCCAGUGACGUGUCGUUUUCAGAAGUCCUCUUAAUUUUUAGACACAUCUUUUGGGUUUGUGUUUUAGUGAAGUAUGCCUAACCAGCCAUCUUGUCUGCAUCAAUGCAAAGGUUUCUGAGAGGACUGUUGUAUUCUUCAUCCCUGUGGAUAAAAGACACUGGCAUUUCAUUUAUUUUUCCCUUUCCUUUUUAAAGGAUUUAACUUUGGAAUCUUCCAAAGAAAGGUUGGCCAAUGCCAGAUCCCCAGGAGUUUGGGGUUUUUUUUUUCUUUCUUUUAAACCAAAAUUGUAUCUGAUUCCUGUUGCUCACGUUUGUUGGUGUCAGUGAGCAUCUGAUCACAGAGCCACUUUUCUCUCACAUAGAAAAGUAAACCAAGCAUGCUUUACAAACAAUCUGUUUCUGGUAGAAACCUGAGCCACUGAAAACAAGAAAGACAACUAGAAGCACAGUAGAGUCCCAGCCAUAGGUCUAGCUUUGAGAGGCUUUGAAAGUAAUCCUGGGGGUUGGAUUAUUUUCACAAGGGUUACGCCGUUUUAUUCAAGUUUCUCGCUCCGUUUUGCACCUCUGCAAUAAAAGCAAAAUGACAACCAGUACAUAAGGGGUUAGCUUGACAAAGUAGACUUCCUUGUGUUCAUUUUAAGUAUUUUUUUUCUUACUAUAUCUGUCUACAGGCAGAUACAGAUAGAUGUAUGAAAAUGUGCUUGCCUGUAAAAUUUGCAUUUAUAAAUGUGUUGCCGAUGGAUCACUUGGGCCUGUACACAUACCAAUUAGCGUGACCACUUCCAUCUUAAAAACAAAUCUAAAAAGCAAAAUUUAUUAUUAUUAUUAUAUAUAUAUAUAUAUAAAGGACUGUGGGUUGUAUACAAGCUAUUGCAAACACUUGUGCAAAUCUGUCUUGAUAUAAAGGAAAAACAAAAUCUGUAUAACAUUAUUACUACUUGAAUGCCUCUGUGACU